CCAGAUCAAGGUGAGUACUUAGUCGGGAGACUACUGUCCCUGAACAUCACCUUGCGGACUCCUCGAAUUCUUGCAAGCUCAGUAUCCGUGGAGGUUGUAUCUGAAGGGCGAGCAUGAGCACAGGUAUAAAUUGGCACAAUGCUAGCUAAUUCUUCAAUACAAACAUCGCCCACCAACUGCGUUUCAUAGUCAUCAGAAUCUACUCUCACUCACUUGAUUUUUUCCCAUAGUCCUGAGUUCUCACCAACUAUGGCAAACUCACUCUGGAUUCAGGCAGUUUUCCUUAUGGCAGUCAUCUUUCGUGAAUUCGCCUCGGGUUGUGUUGUCACAAUCCAAAACAACUGUGGCUAUUCAGUGACAGCAUGCGCUCAAAGUGGAAAACAAAACAUAGCUCAGUAUAAUCUGGGUUCGGGAGGCUCGCAAGGCAUUGAUCUGGGAUCGGCCUGCAACUGGCAAGCUGCAGCUGUAUACGCCUCAGUGACAGGACAGUGUGCAGUUUCUGGGAUACCCAACGCAUCUACAGAUCGAAACUUGGCCAACCCGGCUGAAUUCACCAUCCCCGGCCCAAAUGGAUUGGAUACUUACGACAUCAGCAACGUCAAUGCCUACACAAUUGGCUUGGCCAUACGCCCCGCGAACCUAGGUUGCAAGUCCAUAAGCUGUGCCAUUGCUGACAUCCGUGCUUUCUGCCAACCGAAAAACGUCCUACAGACUCAACCUAGCGGCGCCCUCUCUUGUGUGAACACCGAUGGACCUGGUGGUUUGGUGCCUACUGCCGGAACGAUGCAGUUCAAAAGUGCAUGUCCCGAUGCUUACAGUUACAAUCAUGACGAUGCUACUUCCACUUUCACUUGCGUAACGGGCACUGACUACGAGGUCGUCUUCUGUCCCUAGAAGUGUAAUGAGCUGGAUCUGUCGAUAAUCGGAGGUGUUGAAAAUCUCCGCUGCUAUCCAUCCAUCGACCCUAGAAUUCUGGAUUAGUUACAAGGCUGAUGUGGGAAACUCAUAGGCCACUCUUUGUAUUCAAACUGAUCGUACGUGCAGUUGGCGAGAUACCUUCAUGGUUACAUGGUUAUGCUAUAAGGCAGGUGCUCAAUAAUAUAUGAUGAUAUUUGAGAUUGUUUUGAAGAAUAUGA